UCAUCAUUCACGUGGUAUCGAGCAAGAUGGCUGCUUCGUUUUUCAACAGAAUUGCUGCCUUGGGUUUAGGCCUGGCUGGCAUUGGUGGCGUGGUUAAUACAGCUCUUUUCAAUGUUGAAGGAGGCCACCGAGCUGUAAUAUUUGAUCGAUUUCAAGGUGUUAAACCUGAUGUCACUGGUGAAGGAACCCAUUUCCUAAUUCCGUGGGUUCAAAGACCUAUUAUAUUUGAUGUCCGUAGCAGACCUAGAAAUGUACCGGUGAUAACAGGAAGUAAAGAUCUACAAAAUGUCAAUAUCACGCUAAGAAUCCUGUUCAGACCACAGCCACAUAUACUACCCCAAAUGUACAUGAACCUUGGAGAAGACUAUGACGAGCGUGUUCUUCCAUCAAUUACAACUGAAGUUCUCAAGGCUGUUGUAGCCCAGUUUGAUGCAGGAGAGCUUAUCACACAGAGAGAAGUUGUUUCUCAAAAGGUACAAGAAUCACUGACAGAGCGUGCUGCAAGUUUUGGACUUAUUUUAGAUGACAUCUCUCUGACACAUUUGACAUUUGGCAAAGAAUUCACAGAGGCUGUUGAAAUGAAACAAGUUGCCCAGCAGGAAGCAGAAAGAGCCAGAUUUCUUGUGGAGAAAGCAGAGCAGUACAAGAAAGCUACUGUCAUCAGAGCUGAAGGAGAUGCUAAAGGAGCAGAACUCUUAGCAGAUGCCUUUAAAGAGGCAGGCGAAGGCCUUGUUGUGCUCAGGAAGAUGGAAGCUGCCGAAGAAAUUGCUGAUAAAUUGUCUCACUCUCGAAAUGUUGCAUACCUUCCCCAUGGACAGAAUAUGCUGCUGAAUUUACCAGUGGGACGUCAGUGACGAUACAGGGUUUAAAAGGAAAAAAAAAAUUACUGCAAGGGUGUAAGACUUGGUCAGAUUAAGAAUUUCAUCACGUGGUUUACAGCCGUAGGGAGAAUGAUGACAUCUUAAUGUUAUAUUUGUGGUAGAUUUGGCGUGCAAAAGCAGUCUUCCUUCCUUCCAUCUUCAGAGUAAUGAUGCAAGAUGGCUGUUUUUUGGCGCUGCUUUAAGAUGUUGAAUUUUCCUCUACCUGUAGAAGACUUUUCAGUUGAACUCAUACACGCUGUUAGAUUGCACAAUAUUUUCUAAUAAAUCUAUGGUAAAACUGUGAGGAUUUCAA